UUCUUCUCCAGAGCGUGUCUCUGAGUUGUUUUACCAUGAGCGAGGCAUAACCGCAAGGACAAGGGUAAUAACUAUUUAGUGCUUCUCGGUUCUUAUAACCGACACGGACACGCUCUUUCUGAUCUAACUCUGCGCACCACUAUCGUACGGUCUGGGCUUCACUCGUCAUUCCCAACACUACCAUUCUGUGAUCUGCCCGACCUCGAUCAUUUGGUUUGAGCUGAGCUGGGUGGGCAUUACCCAGAUGAUGAUUUCUGGGUACAAUGAAGAGGAUCAAUAGGAAUCCGUAUGAUGAUGCAGAAAAGCUCUCAGAUUCGGACAGCCGCGACAACUAUUCGAGGGAUCCUGACAAGAAAUCUGGUUUUAAUUUGAUGCGAUUGAUGGGGUUCUUCCUGCUUGGUUUGAUGCUCUUCUCUGCACUGUUUUCUGUUUCGGUGGUUCUCCGAGACCCCCCUUCAGAUGGCGUCGUCGAAGCAUCUUCAUCUGUUUUAUUUCAAGCUAAACAAAGUGAAGGUUUGAACAAAGAUUUCUCUGAUUCUGUUGAGUUGCCAAGAGAUGAACUCCUUGGUGGUCUUCUUGCUGCUGGAUUUGAUGAAAGAUCUUGUCUCAGCCGGUAUAUGUCAGGCAUAUAUGGCAAAGGACUAUCAGGAAAGCCUUCUUCUUAUCUGAUCUCUAGGUUAAGAAAAUAUGAAGCUCUCCACAAAGAAUGCGGACCUUAUACUGAAUCCUAUAACAAAACAGUGAAAGAGCUCAGGUCUGGUCAUUUUUCUGGGUACUCAGGCUGUAAAUAUGUAGUUUGGGUUUCAUUUAGUGGGUUAGGGAAUAGGAUAUUGACCUUAGCUUCUGCAUUUCUUUAUGCUCUACUCACAAACCGUGUCCUACUGGUUGAUCCUGGAGUUGAUAUGAAAGAUCUCUUGUGUGAACCGUUUCCUGAUGUUUCUUGGUUUCUCCCUCCUGAUUUUCCCCUCGCAACCGAAAUGCGCAAUCUGAAUCAGCAAUCUGCUCAAUGUUAUGGGAAGAUGCUAAAAAACAAUUCAAUAGCAAAUUCCACGGUGCCAUCUUAUGUCUACCUUCAUCUAGCCCAUGAUUAUGAUAAUCAAGAUAAGCUAUUCUUCUGCGAUGGAGAUCAAAGUUAUCUCCAGAAAGUACCCUGGUUAAUCAUGAAAACAGAUAAUUACUUCAUCCCAUCUUUGUAUUUGAUGCCUUCUUUUGAGCAGGAACUGUAUGAUCUCUUUCCAAAGAAGGAUAGAAUCUUCCAUUUCUUGGGUAGAUACCUAUUCCACCCCACCAACAGGGUAUGGGGACUUAUUACCAGGUACUAUGAAGCCUAUUUAGCUAAAGCUGAUGAAAGAUUAGGCAUCCAGAUUAGAGUGUUUGACACAGAGCCAGGCCCAUUUCAACAUGUAUUGGAUCAAAUCUUAUCCUGUGCUUUGAAAGAGAAUCUUUUGCCUGAUGUAAAUAGACAUCAAGAUACCGUAAGUUCAUUAGAAAAGAAAAAGUUAAAAUCAGUACUGAUGACAUCUUUAAGCUCAGGAUAUUUUGAAAGGGUGAGGGACAUGUAUUGGGAGUAUCCUACAGUGACAGGAGAGGUGGUUGGCAUAUACCAGCCAAGCCAUGAAGGGUAUCAGCAAACAGAGAAGCAGAUGCACAACCAGAAAGCUUGGGCUGAAAUGUAUCUCCUGAGCUUAACUGAUGUGCUGGUUACUAGUUCAUGGUCAACCUUUGGGUAUGUGGCUCAAGGCCUUGGAGGCUUGAAACCAUGGAUACUGUACAAGCCAGAGAAUCGAACAGCUCCGGAUCCUCCUUGCCGACGUGCCAUGUCGAUGGAGCCAUGCUUCCAUGCUCCUCCCUUCUAUGACUGCAAGGCCAAGAGAGGAACUGACACAGGUGCACUUGUUCCACAUGUAAGGCACUGUGAAGAUAUGAGUUGGGGUCUUAAGGUUGUUGACAAUUAAAGAUUAUUUGUGAAUCAUGACUAUGUAUGUUGACUGUCAAAACUUAGCUUAAAGGAAUGCAAAUUUUCACGUGAAAUUGAAAUUUUUUGGGGGGACGACAUUUUGGAAUGGAUUGAGUGAUUCCUUUU